AGGAAAUCCUGGGAUUAAACCUGAAGUCAUGAGGAUGAUCAAGGACCAAAGUCUUAACAAGGUCAAUCGACUAUGAUGAAAGUCUUUCCUUUGGCAUCUGCUGUUUUCCUCUUCCUAGAUCCUUUUCCUGGGUCCACUGAUGCAGCUCUCUAUGGAUUGUCCGUGUGAUCUGGCGGAUGGAUUGAAGGUUGUCCUGACUCCUCGCUCCUGGGCUCGCUGCCUCACAGACAUGCGAUGGCUUCGAAACCAAGUGAUUGCACCCUUGACAGAGGAGCUAGUGUUCCGGGCCUGUAUGCUGCCCAUGUUAGCACCAUGCACAGGCCUGGGCCCUGCUGUAUUCACCUGCCCGCUCUUCUUUGGAGUCGCCCAUUUUCACCACAUUAUUGAGCAGCUGCGUUUCCGCCAGAGCAGUGUGGGAAGCAUUUUCCUGUCUGCAGCGUUCCAGUUCUCCUACACAGCCGUCUUCGGUGCCUACACUGCUUUCCUCUUCAUCAGAACAGGACAUCUGAUUGGGCCAGUCCUCUGUCACUCCUUCUGCAAUUACAUGGGCUUCCCUGCUGUGUGUGCAGCGCUGGAGCAUCCACAGAGGCGGCCCCUGCUGGCAGGCUAUGCCCUGGGCGUGGGACUCUUUCUGCUUCUGCUCCAGCCCCUCACGGACCCCAAGCUCUAUGGCAGCCUUCCCCUUUGUGUGCUUUUGGAGCGGGCAGGGGCCUCAGAGGCUCUUCUAUGCUCCUGACCUUCACUUCUGCGUACACUCCAGUGAACUCUCUCAGACUCUCCAGCCCCUCCCCAUCAAGGGGGUACCAUGGGCGGAGCUGGCUGAGGUCCCCGAGAUCUCAGGAAUUUUUGUAGGGGAUUGAAGCCAGAGCUAGUGGAAUUCCAGGGACCAUGAGGAAGGAGCAAAUCGUCAGAGGGUGCAGCCCCUCUUGUGAGUGAGCUGAGGAGCAACCCAGAGUGAGAGGAUGGGAAAAUCCCAGGAGCCACUGUAGCCCUCACUUUGGACCUCUGCUUCUCUUUGAGCCUCUGCCUCUGAAAAGCUGCUUGGGGAGGGGGUGAUUUAUAAAACCCCUCCUCCAAACUUCCCAGGGUUUUCUCAUUGUCUUUUUGCAUUGGGACUUUGUAUUGGGAUAUUAAAGAGAUUUAACUU